AUGAAUGAGAAUUUGAAGAAAGCUGCUGAAAAAGGUAGCAUCGACGAAUUAUAUGAUUGUAUUAGGGAGAAUGGAAAUGUUUUGAAGGACAUGGAUGAGUUGGAGUUUGUUGAUACUCCACUCCAUAUAGCUGCAGCUGAAGGGCACAUUGAAUUUUGUAGGGAGAUUGCGAACUUCAAGCCAUCAUUCACUAGGAAGCUCAACCAAGUUGGUCUCAGCCCCCUUCACAUUGCUUUGGAAAACCGGCGAAGAGAUAUGGUCUACUGUCUCCUGCACGUGGAUAACAACCUCGUUCGAAUCAAAGGAAAAGGAGGCUGCACUCCUUUGCAUCUCUUAGCCAAGCUACACGACCUGCAGCUCGAGUUCUUGCCUGAGUUCCUAAAAGAAUGCCCUCAAUGUAUCCAAGAUGUCACAAUUCGAAACGAGACUGCUCUGCAUAUUGCAACGGGAGAAGCUUUUGAAGUCCUAUUAAAAUGGAUUUUCAGGACCUCUCACCUCUCUCCGGAUGAGAAGAAAGAUAUUCUUAAUACGAAGGACUUAGAUGGUAACACCGUGCUGCACCUAGCUGUCUCCAUGAUCAGAAUUUGGCUACCUGCAAGACGACUAAAGGAUUGCAUCAAAAUAUUAUUGAAAUGUAAGGUUAAUGUUAACGACGUCAACGUGAAGCGUUUAACGGCCCUUGAUGUCUCAGAAGCAAGCUGGCAAGGUAACGACGUACAGGGACAGAUCAGUAAACUGUUACGUCGUGCCGGAGGCAAGAACAACGGCUCAAUUCCCACACUUAAAAGCUUAGAUAAGUUGAUAAUAGGUUCAAGGAUCUCUUGGAUUGAAAGGUUAUUCAUUGAAUGGAGGAAUGAUCUUCGAAAAACAUCAUUGGAGAGGAGCAAUGCUUUGUUCGUAGUGUUGGUUCUCAUCCUGACAGCCACUUACCAAGCCACUUUAAGCCCUCCUGGAGGCUUUGGCGAGGGUGACACCACUUCCUCCACCACCAGCAAUACUACUACAACAUCCCCGACUGGCCAAAUCAAUACCCUGAUUAAACAUUCCGAUCAACGUGUCGGGGCAUCAGUUAUGAAUUGGGUACUUACGGUAACAUUGACAACGUUGUUGAUUUGCCUGUUAGGCUCAAUGUGGGUCAUAUCACCAUCCGGUCUUUGCACCAUCAUUGUUUUCUCUGUCUGGUUUACAUGUAUGGGCUUAACCGUCAUCUUCUUUAAACUACCUGAAACCAUUCAUAGGGAGUUCAUAAAAAGGAUGAAGGAGGACCUGCCCAAUCUACAAUGA